GUUUACGCGGACCGAAAGUCAUGAGUCAGGCUUCAUGUGUCAAGGCCCAUCUGCUCACUGGCUGAGUGCGCUGUCAAGCACUGGAUCUUGCAUUACCGCUCAGAAAAUCACGUACCCAACGCAAACGACAUGCCUUUCGUUGCUGGCGAAGUUGAUGUCAUCAACGAGCUGCUCCCACGGCACACUAAAGAUGAACUGGAAAGGGACUCAUUGAGACAGAUAAACGAGCACAGAACCGUGCGGCCGAGCUCCUGCUCGACCCUGGAUACAGCGCCGAGGCUGUUGAUGAGAAUUCCGAUACUGCUAUGCGCUGGGCAGCAUGUACAUAAUACCAUGCUAACGCAGCUUCUUAUCUCUAGACGGUUUCCGCUAGAGGCCAGGGACUGCGACGGCAGGACUCGGUUGCUACUUUCUGCGAGAGACGGAUCGUAUGGAGCUGUGCAGGUCUUGAUUGACUCGGGCGUGGAUAUAGAGGUGGCUCGCAAUGAUGGUGGGACGCCCCUGAGCACGGCUAUCUACCAGGAGAGGCCAAGGAUCGUUCGAUUUCUGCUCGAAAAGGGUGCUAAAAGGGCACUUCCCGGGCCUCUCAAAGACGAGGCUGGUACUAUGCUAGAGUACGCAACUACACCAGUCAGGCGAAAGGAAAUCGGAAAGACGAGAUCACAGCAUCCAAGGCUCUCAGUCUUGUCAUCCAACACAGGCCUACAGUUCUCAAGUCGCUACGAAUACAUUUGCUUACUGGAUGAGCCGCCUCCGCACGACUGAGCCGGCCUGCCCAACGAGAUGGCCGUCAGACACGGAAAACGGCGCGAGAUCUGCUACUGUCGAAUCUACGGGGAUCGUUAUCUCUUCCGAGGCGAAACGUGCGGCGAAUUCAACAUGUGUUUCAGGUGCUACCAGAAUCACUCGCAAGGCAUCAAGCUGCAUCACCGGCGCCACGAGUUCGCCAAAGCGAUGGAGAACUGAUCUACGGGACGGAAGGUGUUUUGCUUGACUUGCGAGCCGCAAGAGAUUUACUAUUUGAUAGUCACCCAUUGACGGAUUGGAAUAGCGAAAGUGGCAGGCCUCAUUUCAACAAGCCUCUCUGAUUUUCAUAGAGUUCCCC